AUGCACUUAACUCAAAGUAUUUACAGUUUGAUUGUGGCAUUAAGACACUAUGACAGUCCUCUGCUGCCGCUAAGCCCCCAUGUAGCACUCGCCCGCACCAUCGCCUCCGUCUCGGAGCUCACCUGCAUCUACUUGGCCCUCAUCCUGCACGACGCUGAGGUGACGGUCACGGCUUUGGCAAAUGUCAACAUCAGGAGCCUCAUCUGCAACGUGGGGACUGGUGGACCUGCCCCAGCAGCUGAUGCUGCCCCACCAGGAGGUCCCGCCCGCCCCACCACUGCUGCCCCAGCUGGAGAGAAGAAAGUGGAAGCAAAGAAAGAAGAAUCUGAAGAGUCUGAUGAUGACAUGGGCUUUGGUCUCUUUGACUAAACCUCUUUAGUAACACGUUCAAUAAAAAGCUGAGCUCUUU